CGGAAGUGGGGAACUGCGCACAGGCGGAAGUGGGGACGAGUGGUCCGGGUGACGUGUCCGGUGAAGAGAUGGCUGCGCAGGGAGACGUAGAUGAGCUGUUCGAUGUCAAGAACUGGUUCUAUAUUGGCAGCUACCAACAGAGCAUCAAUGAGGCGCAGAAAGUAAAGACUUCAAGUCCAGAGAAAGAGGUGGAAAGGGAUGUGUUCCUUUAUCGAGCAUAUAUAGCACAGAGAAAGUAUGGGGUGGUUUUGGAUGAAAUUCGCCCAAAUUCCAGUCCUGAGCUGCAGGCUGUUCGCAUGUUUGCAGAGUAUCUAUCCAGUGAAAGUCGCAGGGAUGCUAUUGUCUCUGAGCUCGAUAAAAAGAUGGCUAAAAGUGUUGAUGUCACCAACACAACUUUCCUAUUAAUGGCAGCUGCAGUUUAUUUCCAUGAUGGAAAUACAGAUGCUGCUUUACGUACUCUUCACCAAGGAGACAGCCUGGAAUGCAUGGCAACAAUUAUCCAGAUCCUUCUGAAAAUAGACAGACUUGAUUUAGCUCGGAAGGAGCUGAAGAAAAUGGUGGAUACAGAUGAGGAUGCAACACUGACACAGCUGUCGACAGCAUGGGUUAAUAUUGCCAUGGGCGGGGAUAAACUGCAGGAUGCCUUCUACAUCUUCCAAGAGAUGUCUGACAAGUACUCUUCUACCGUCCUGCUGUUAAAUGGGCAAGCUGCUUGUUACAUGGGACAGGGCAAGUGGGAGGAUGCUGAAGGAGUCCUACAGGAGGCUUUAGACAAGGACAGCAGCCAUCCAGAAACUCUGAUUAAUUUCAUUGUAUUAACUCAACACAUUGGAAAGCCCCCAGAGGUCACAAACCGCUAUCUCUCUCAGUUGAAAGACGGACAUCGAAAUCACCCAUUUAUUAAGGAAUUUCAAGCAAAGGAGAAUGAGUUUGACCGCCUCGUGCUGCAGUACGCUCCCAGCGCAUGACCUGGACCUGAUUAAUUUAUAUUUUACUCUAUGAACACAAGUUAAAGCUCUUACAAUGAAAAUACAUAUGUUUCAACUUGGGCACAUUGCCAGAUCCGACAAGUGAAGCUAAUGCUGGAGCUGGGGGAGGGGAAACUCCCCUACUCCAGUGUUUGUAUUGGAAUAUUAUAUACAGUUUUUUCUGUGAGCCUUGGAUUGCCAGUUUACCAUCUGCAUUUUUCAUUAUACUAUAUUAACAUA